AAUAAAUAUGCAUUAAGUGAAGGGGAGCAAGAAUAGGUAAAGAGGUUGGAGAGGAGGGAUGGAGAGGUAGUGGACAUCAUGCAUCUCACCAGCCCAAAGAUGCUAAAGGAGAUGGAGAUCUAUGGGCUGAGUUGGUUGAGUGGAGAGGAAAGACUAUUACUCUCUCGGAGAGAAAGGUCAAGAGCUCUAGCUGCCACAGCUAUAAAGAAGAGAACAGUGGGUGGGACUUCAAGACCCCACCCAAGUGGAGGAGCUCAAGUUGAAACAAGGCCCAGCUCAGAGCAAAGAAGGAAGAGGGUUAAAGAGGAAGCUGCAGCUCAAAAAAGGAGGAGGGUGCAGGAGCUGCAGCCCAAGGCCCUGAUUGAGUUUAUGCCUCAGCCCCCGCCAGUGCAAAUUGACCCAACUCUACAAGAGGUGGGUGUGGUGAGCCAUGGGAAAGGGAAAGGAAAAGGGAAAGGGAAGGGGAAAGGGAAGGGCAACCCCUUCCGAAAGCAAAAGUCCAACUUCUUUGACAAUGCCAAUAGGACAACUGCGAAACAAUUCAUCAAAUCCACCUUUCCAAAUGUGGACCUGCAGAGGGUAAGGGAUGAGAUGACAAACCUUGUGAAUGCCUUGGCAAUUGAAUACUUGGACUGUCUCAAGGAAAGAAAUGACAUGGCUGACGAAAAUGAUGAGGAAGAGUUAGCUGCAACUAAGAAAGCUGUUGAGCUCGAAGAGAAGAAAAGAAAGAAAUGUGAAGAGAAUCUAGCCAAGUCAAAAAAUGAGUUGGCUAAAGUGUGGAGGAGAACCGAGCUGGUAGUCCAAAAAUUAGUUGAGCAGCAUGUCUCAGAUUUCGUAAAAUCGAUGACUUUUUCAAAGAUUGUGGACCUCUAUUGGCUACCCACAUUGGUCAUGGCUUUCAUCGAUUGUAGAAAGAAGGUGAAGGCCCAGAAUCCUAAGGUAGACGAGACUAAGAUCACUUUCAAACCUCAAAAUGCUAGUGUGGAGGAAGAUGGAGAUAGCAAGAUGGCUGAGUUCCGACUCGAGAUAACACUAAAGUGGGAGUGAAAUGAAGCUUGACAAACCGUGCUUCCACCUCAUCUGGAGUACGAGUUUGUUGCUAUCAACGACGAUGAAGUCGAGGUGGCAAGUGGAACCAAGGUUGUAGACAAUGCUGCCGAGCAAAAAGUGAACUAGAAACAUCAAGUGAUCAACUAAUCUUGGCUAGCUCAUCUUUAAUGUUUUGUAUUUUUAAAUUUAAAGAUAUUUGUAUUUCAUUGCAAAUUAAUACAGUACUAAUUUGAGG